GUGAAUACAGUCUUGCUAUUGUGCUGAGCAGCAGAGUGGAGUACGAUCGAGCAGCGGCGUCUCAUCCCUCUUUCCCCGGAUCCUCUUUAAACUCCCUCCCGAACCUUCCCCUUCUUCCCUUGCCACCCUACCCUCCCCCCGACACACACACGUCAACGGGCGAACCGGACAUUCAACCAGUGACCAAAGAUUUACUCCCGUCUGUCACAUCCAGCAGCAGCCAUGGACCCGAGUAUGGUUGAAGGAGGACUUAAUGUCACCUUAACCAUCAGGUUACUCAUGCAUGGAAAGGAGGUUGGAAGCAUAAUUGGCAAGAAAGGAGAAUCUGUUAAGAAAAUGAGAGAGGAGAGUGGUGCUCGCAUCAACAUCUCAGAGGGGAACUGUCCAGAGAGGAUUAUAACCCUUGCAGGACCCACCACCUCUAUUUUCAAGGCUUUCUCCAUGAUCAUCGAGAAAUUGGAGGAGGACAUCAGUACAUCAAUGACUAACAGUACAGCCACCAGCAAACCGCCUGUCACCAUGCGCCUCGUCGUGCCUGCCAGCCAGUGUGGCUCGCUCAUCGGCAAAGGGGGAUGCAAAAUCAAGGAAAUUAGAGAGUCAGCAGGGGCUCAGGUACAAGUAGCAGGGGACAUGUUGCCCAACUCAACAGAGCGUGCUAUCACUGUUGCAGGCACCCCACAGUCCAUCAUCGAGUGUGUCAAGCAGAUCUGUGUCGUCAUGCUUGAGUCUCCUCCAAAGGGAGUGACCAUCCCAUACCGACCCAAACCCUCAGGCUCUCCUGUAAUUUUUGCAGGUGGACAGGCAUACGCUGUCCAAGGGCAGCACGCCAUCCCUCAGCCUGAUCUCACCAAACUUCACCAGCUGGCCAUGCAGCAGAGCCCCUUCCCUAUUGCACACAGCAACCAGGGCUUCCAGGGUACAUGGGCUUCCUACAAAAGGCGGUCACUGAUUUGUAUUGACAUUAUUCAUUCUGAUGUUGUUGUUUUUUGCAUUCCUGCAGCUGGGAUGGACGCAUCUGCACAAACUGGCUCGCUUGAGCUCACCAUUUCAAACGAACUCAUCGGUUGCAUCAUCGGCCGUCAGGGUGCAAAGAUCAACGAGAUCCGCCAGAUGUCAGGUGCCCAGAUUAAGAUUGCGAAUCCUGUGGAGGGUUCCACUGACAGACAGGUCACCAUCACUGGUUCCCAUGCCAGCAUCAACCUUGCGGAGUACCUUAUCAAUGCUCGGCUCUCUUCUGAAACCACUGGACUUGCAGCCAACUGACAUGAAGAAUCUUCAUCAGCAUCUAAUGGCGCCCUUCCCCCAACUUUUUACCACGAGGUCCCUUAUUGAACUUCAUGCUAAAAUAUUUUAAUCUCACCUUUCCUCUGCUUUGGGUUCUACGCCUCGGUAGUAACCACAGCUUCAUCAUGAUAAUGGUAUUUUAUUUAUUUAUUAAGUUUAAAAUUCCCGUUACAGAUGGUUUUUAAAGACUUCUUUUUUUCUUCUGCUGUAUAUCUGUUUGAUCUUCUUGAUAAGUGUAAAACAUGUUUUAGAAAAAUCUGAGAAGGCAUAAAUGUUUUUCUUAUGUCAGAUUUUUCUUAGAAAAUGUAAAAAUGAAGAAAAAACUUAACUCAAAAUUAUAGAGGGUCUGUUCCCCUCCUUUUUUAAAUAUCUAUUUAUUUUUAUUUAAGACACAGCUCCUUGUAAGAAGAUAAUCUAGUGCUUAUAUUUGGAGCUGUGCUUCCUGAGCGAUGCAUUGUGGAUUUGACGGGUUUUAAAUGAGUAUAAGUGGCCUCAGUUGAAGUUGAAUGCAGAAAAAAGUUCUACGCCAGACUGCAAUUUUUUCAUCGUAUGAAUUUGAACUACAUUUUAUCGGAGCUAAUUUUUUCAGAGUAAUUGUGUCAUUCCUGUUUUUCCAUCAGUUGUAAUUUUUGAUCAGAAGUCUUGACUAUUGUUUUGUAUUGCAUUCUGAUGUGGACGGGUGCGUCGCCUUGCCAGGUGUGGGUCUGAAUAAGAGGAAAAUAUUUUCUUUUCACUGAAAUUACAAAAGACCAUAGUAAUAACGAUUAUAACAUUGAAAUGUUGUUUUUAAAUAGAGACUAUUUUUUUUAAUUGCUGGGUUGGGGGAACACUGCAAGGCUACAAAAGACAUAUUGGUCUUUUAAAGUAUAUUAUGCUGAGAUGUUAAUUAUGAUACACCAGAAUGACAAGAUUUCUAGAAUUACUACUAGUUUUCUGCAAUCCUUUUUUGCCUGGGACAGAUUUAAUUUUGUAUUGUUUGCCGGAAGAAGAAACUCACUUUUUGUGCACGUUUUUAAACUAUAGAAGAUUUGGGUGCAUUUAAAUUGUUUAAAGACAUAAAAAUAAAAUUGUGAAAGGCUUAAA